ACUAGAACAGCCAAAGUUUGUUCCUGUUCAAGAUAAUGUAUUACAAUUAUAGUUGAAGUAAAUCAUUUCCUUCAUGACUCAUACUUCCUCAUUCUUAACCACACAGAUAUGUAAUAACGUUCUGGUUUCGGUUCUUCUGAUAAGGUUGUGCAGUUUACCAAAAUAUCACAGUUUACGUGUACAGGUUGCUGUGACAUUAAGGUGCGUCAAGCAACACCGUCGGUUAGAUCAAAUCAAGUCGGACUGUAAAGCUACCCAGGGUUUGACUCUAGUAGUCAGAAACAGAUUAACUUGCUACUUGGAUUUACCAACAUCUUCUGACAGUUUUCUGGUAGAUUCUCUGUCACAAAGAUUUAGCGUGAAGAUGUGGUUUGAAGCUUUUCUAGGCGUGUGCUGGUUCCUGUCACAAGAGGUAGUUCUAUCUGUGGGACAUGGAGACAGGCCUCACGGAUGUCAGGUAUGGAGCCCAACGGAGGUUGCAUGCUCGUUCCUCGAUGCUGUACCACCAGACUUGCCCCCAUCAAUUCUCCGCUUGAAUCUACAACACAACAGCAUACGUGAAGUCAACAGACAGUCUUUCGGUGCACUGGAGCACUUGGAAUAUCUAGAUUUAAGCUGGAACCGUAUCGAGUAUGUAGAAAACGGAACAUUUGGCUCGCUGACAAACUUGCGGACGCUGAACUUAUCCGGCAAUGGUCUAGGAGACGCUCAGUGGUCCAACAUCACCUCGUCUCUUCUCUCUCUGCAAACUCUAGUCCUUUCAGACAACCGUCUGCAGCAACUCAACAGACGGUCGUUCAGAGGCCUACACAACCUGACUUUAUUGGACAUCAGCUCAAAUGCCAUCAUUGUCGGAGAGUGUGCGUUUUGUGGACAGCAAAGACUACAGAGGAUCGACAUGACCGAUAAUGAGAUAAGUACCCUCCCCAACAGACUUUUCCAUCCACAGUCAGAAUUAGAGUUACUGGACCUGUCCAACAACAGGCUUCGUGAUGACGUGUUAGCAAAGGAGGAACUCUGGUCAGGACUAGCGAGACUGCGAACACUGGACGUAAGCCGAAAUUACUUCUCCAUUCCAACAUUCGCACAGUCCUUUAGAAACCUGACAUCCCUUAAUACCAUUUACAUGUCCAGUACCAAAAUGCAGCAGUUCCGCUUUCAAAAUGUAGUUCCUCUAUUGAACGCACCGAUCCAUGACUUCAUUUUGAGUUACAAUCCGAUUUCCAUAUUUGAAGAAGGCAUUCUGUUACAGCUCCGGCAUUUGAGAACAUUAGAUCUUAGCCAAACGCCUAUUCCAUCUUCGCAAUUGCUGAAGAUAUUACCAGAGUUGAAAUAUACAAAGAUACAAAAGCUAGAAUUGGGAACAGCCCCAGGCAACUUUGCCAUAGACAAUACAACUUUUGGACGACUGCCAGGUUUGGAGGAACUAAGUGUUUUCGGCUCAGACUUGAGUGUGUUAAAAGCAGAAGUCUUACGACAUUCGAGAAACCUUACUGACCUAGACCUCAAAGCGAAUAAUAUUACUAUCAUUGAAGAGAACGCGUUUAUAGGAUUAGAAAGCUUACAGAAACUACAACUUCAAAGAAACAAUAUCAAGACCUUACCAGAGCGCGUUUUUGACCCCCUACACGCUCUUACAUAUCUAGAUUUGAGCUCAAAUAAUUUGAACACCAUUCCACCUGCACUUUUCAAAAGGCUCUUAAAUCUUCAAAGCCUAUCUCUUGCCGGUAAUGGCAUCGUUCGAAUUGAUAACACAACGUUCGUGGGGUUGAAUUCUCUAACCCAUCUCGACCUAUCCUUCAAUCUGUUUACCACAGCUAGAAAUGUUGUAGCACCUAGCCUCAAGUCUAUUAAUUUCAAAAGAAAUCAAAUCACUUCUCUGAAAGCAAAUGAAUUCUCUGGUCUUGGGAACUUAGUAUCGUUGUCCUUAGAGGGUACCGGGAUCGAGACAAUUGAACCUCGUGCUUUCCAAGGUCUAGGUAAAUUAAACCUACUUGAUUUGAGUCAAAACAGACUCCGGACCAUCACUAGUAGGAUGUUUGAAGAUCUUGAAAACGUGACCAAGAUAAAUCUAAGUUUAAACCUUCUAUUGAGCGAAAUUGAACCUUUUGGGUUUUAUGGUCUGCGCCGGUUGAAAGCACUUGUCAUCAGAUACUAUUUGUGGACUAUUCACCCGCAUGCCUUCGCUGGCCUGGAUAGUUUAGUGUUCUUAGACCUCAGUCAUAACCAAGUUUACAAAGUAGGAAGACAUGCAUUUGACGGCCUACAUAACUUAAAGAGAUUUCAUUUGGUUAAGACUAAAAUCGCCGUCUUCGAAGAGGAGACAUUUGGGCACGUCAUUCGGCAAGCCAAUCGCAUUCGGUUCGAAGAGAAUCCGUUCUUCUGUGACUGUAGGCUUCUCUGGUUCGCGGAAUGGGCGAGGGACAAUCCAGAUAACCUAUUUUUCUUUAGUCUUGAGUGGUACAAGUGUGCCGGGCCUCCGGAAUACGCAGGAACAAGACUAGAAAACUUUUACAUCAACUGUACGACGCCUACUCCGGACACAGAGUUCCAGCCUAACCUGCCGCUAGCCUGUGCAUUCUCCUCUUCAGCGGUUCUGUUGUACAUGUUAGCGGCGUUCCUGGUCAGCUAUCACCGCUGGAAGAUUAAGUACCUCAUGUUUCUGCUGAGACGUAGAAACGAAGACGAAGAACCCAUGAGAGGCCGUAGGUUUGUGUACGACGCCUUCGUAGCACAUAACAGCGAAGACACGAGGUGGGUGGUGCGCGAACUGUGCCACAACUUGGAAAACGUCGAAGACCAACCCAGAUACAAACUCUGUAUCCACCAGAGAAACUUCUUACCCGGUGCCCCCAUUGUAAACAACAUCGUCAAAGCCAUCGAAACCAGCCGAAAAACCAUCUGCGUGUUGACCAGGAGCUUCCUGCGGAGCGGCUGGUGUGAGUUCGAGCUGCAGCUGGCUCAGACUCCCGACAACCUGUUCGGCAAGGGCGGCAGUUGUCGGCUGAUCCUCGUCUUCUUGGAGGAGAUUCCGCGGCCGCUGCUGAAGAAGUACCGGCACCUGGAGGCCGUGAUGGACCGGGACACGUACCUGGAGUGGCCGGGGGACGUGCGGGGCAGGCCGCUGUUCUGGAGACGCCUGCGGGCCGCCUUGGGGAAACCCGUGAACGCGGAACGGGCUGGAGACCGCCGCAUGAGGGACGACGAACAACACGAACUCGUACCGUUGUUAAGAGUGUGACAAAUUAGAGAGUGUUGUGUAGCCGGUGUUCCACAAUUUUUGCUCCAUCUUCCCGAUUUUUUAAUUGUAUAUUUUACCAUUAUGUACACAUGGCAGGACGUUAUAUUCUUAUUUCUACUCUUGCGUUUUAGACUGUUCAGUAUUACCAAGGACAUUAUACAGAAGUUGUAUGAGUUGUUUGAGUCAAUUUUAUAGUAUAAUGCACAAUGUACAUAGAAUCAUAUAAAGAGGAACACUGUGAUUGCAUGCAAUAUACAUGUAUAUUGAGGAAAGAUAUAUGAAUAAGAUAGGUAUAAACUGCGCUGUGAUCAACACAAAGCUUAAAG